UUGGUUGUCAGGGGGACGGGGGGGUUGCAGGCCCGGGGCCCCAAGCUCACAGGCGGUGGGGGCCCGGAGAAGAUGGCCGAGUCACGAGCGCCGAGAAAUUGAAGCCGCGCGGAUAUAGACGGACUGAGAGAGCCCCGGAGGAGGAUGAGCCUGCUGUGUGCGCAGUAUCUCCGGCAGGCAGAAGUCCUGAAAGCAGAUAUGACAGAAUCCAAGCCUGGUACAGCAGAGGCGUGGACUUCACGUCAAGCUCUGCAAGACUUGUAUCAGAAGAUGCUGGUGACAGACCUUGAGUAUGCACUGGACAAGAAGGUGGAACAGGACCUUUGGAAUCAUGCCUUCAAAAAUCAGAUCACAACACUGCAAGGACAGGCCAAAAACCGAGCUAACCCAAACCGUAGCGAGGUGCAGGCCAAUCUUUCACUGUUCCUGGAGGCAGCUAGUGGAUUUUAUACACAGCUUUUGCAGGAGUUAUGCACUGUGUUUAAUGUAGAUUUGCCAUGCCGUGUCAAGUCCUCCCAGCUAGGGAUCAUCAGCAAUAAGCAGAUGCACUGUGGGACGGUGGUGAAGCCUCAGUCCAGUUCUUGCGCUUAUAUUUGCCAGCACUGCCUGGUACACCUUGGAGACAUUGCUCGCUAUAGGAACCAGACAAGCCAGGCUGAAUCAUAUUAUAGACAUGCUGCUCAACUUGUCCCCUCCAAUGGUCAGCCGUAUAAUCAGCUGGCCAUUUUGGCCUCCUCAAAGGGGGAUCAUCUGACCACUAUUUUUUACUACUGCCGCAGCAUCGCUGUUAAAUUUCCUUUCCCAGCGGCUUCCACCAACCUGCAGAAGGCACUUUCUAAAGCUUUGGAAAGUCGUGACGAGGUGAAGAAACGCUGGGGUGUCUCUGAUUUUAUCAAGGCCUUCAUCAAAUUCCAUGGACAUGUAUAUUUAACAAAGAAUCUGGACAAAGUGAGCCCUUUGAGGGAGCAGCUGGAGGAGCAGUUCAAGAAUAUGCUCUUUCAGAAGGCUUUUAAUGCACAGCAGCUGGUCCACAUCACAGUGAUAAAUCUGUUUCAGCUGCACCACUUGCGGAGUUUCGGCACAGAGGCCGAGCAACAGAGCUUUAGUACAGAAGAGGAACUUUGCUGGUCUCAGCUUCUGACUCUCUUCAUGUCGUUCCUGGGCAUCCUUUGCAGAAGCCCAAUAAAGACCCACCACUGUGAUGAUACUUCCUGUGCCGAUCCACUUCCUGCUAUCAAGGUGUCGCUUGACUGGAUGAAACUGCGUCCCAGUGUAUUCCAGGAGGCUGCUGUGGAGGAAAGACAGUAUGUGUGGCCGUGGCUAAUUUCUCUGUUAAACAGUUUCCAUGUACUUGAGGAAGACCUAUCCAGUGCCAACAUGUUGCCACUUCCAGAAGAAUUUGAGCUGCAGGGAUUCCUGGCUCUUCGGCCGGCAUUCAGGAACCUUGAUUUCUCUAGAGGUCAUCAAGCCAUUAUUGGAGAUCGGGAGACCCAGCAUCGUCGGAUGCGACCAAUACGUCUUGUGUCAUUGGGGAAAUGGAUCUGUGAGAAUCAGCCACGUUUCUUUGACAGGCUUAUGCAGUGUCGCAGCAUUGAUGGUGAAAUUGCUUUCUCCACGGAUAUUCCAGAAUUAAUGAUUGAAGAUGCAGUUGAUGCGGAGGACAUGUCCUCUCCACAUGACAACAAGCAGGCAGAAACUCAAAGAUCUGAAGGGAGCCCUGGCUUAAAAUCUGUACUGUCCACUGGGCGUAGCCUGAGCUGUGAAUCCUCUGAAAAGCCAGUGGUGACUUUCAAAGAGAACAUUAAACCACAGGAAGUAAACCGGGAAUUGCCAGCACGAAGCUACACCAGAACAGUGAAUGCUGGCAAGGAACAAAGAGACUAUAACAAGGGCAUGAAUGCUGUAGGUAACAAGAAGGAAAAUAACAAUAAAAGGAAGAAUGAUCCCAAGAAGACUGUUGACAAUAAAAACCAGGAACCUGCAAAGCAGAGCAUUGCUGUACAGGUGAAAACGCCAGUCUCUGAGGCAAGAAAGACGCCAGUGACGCCAACAUCUAGUCCUAGCACCAACACCCAGUUCAUACCUAUCCACCAUCCUGGAGCUUUCCCACCCUUGCCUAGCCGGCCUGGUUUUCCUCCUCCUGCCUAUGUCAUCCCACCACCCGUGGCAUUCACCAUGAGUUCUGGGUAUACCUUCCCUCCUGGGGUCAAUGUUCCAGGAUCCUUCUUGCAACCUUCAUCUCAUUCAGCUCCUGGAAACCAGGGUCCUCCUGGCAAACAGUCCCACAUUCCUUACAGUCAGCAGCGUCCUUCGGGUCCAGGGUCAGGAAACCAAGGAACACUUGGCAAUCAGCCACAAACACAGGCUCCGUCCAAUUCUCCUACUCUGCCCAGCAAUCAGACUGCAGCACAGCUACAGAUUCAAGUAAUGGCUCAGCAGCAGCAGCAGUCUCCUACUAAACCUAUACAAGGACUGGGCAAGAACCCACAUCACCACAAUCUUCAGUACCCACAGGCUACAGACCCUUCCAAGCAGCUAUGGAACAAUCCUCAAGUCUCCAACUCCCUGGGAAAAAUGAUGCCACCAACCAUGAAGCAGAACUACUUCAUGGACGGCCGUUUGCCCACUGAGCCUAUGAGCAUGCUGGAGCAGUGCCUGCAGCACUCGGCCAUGCAGCAGCCUCUGGAGAAAAAGGUGAAGCCUUUCCAUAUGGAUACGUAUAACCACAGCUCUGCCGAAAUGAAGAUUUCAGACUUCUACUGGGGGGACCAAAGUUCUUACAAUCUAAAUGACAACCGAAGCCUCCUGGCACAGCAGUCUGUUAAUAACCAAAGGAGCCAGCGCCAGCCUACUGGCUAUCGUACAGGCCAGGAUGCAGUGACUAGAUUGCCGUUUGAGGAACCCAAGCGUUCCCCUCUCCUGCCCCCGGACCUGUUAAAGAGUCUGGCUGCUCUAGAGGAGGAGGAAGAGCUGGCUUUCUCCCCUCCCCCUGAUCUGUACCCAGCUCUGCUCGGCCCUCUGGCCAAUCUCCCUGGACGAAGCCUCUUUAAGUCUCUUCUGGAAAAGCCAUCUGAGCUGAUAUCCCAGCCCCCCUCUUUCCUCUCACUCACUGGAUUUUCACUGAGCCAGGAGAGGUUCCCGAGUAACAGCGUGUUUAAUGAGGUGUACGGCAAACCACCAUGCAGCAGCACAAAGCCGGAGUCGUGUCCACCCUUUGGACAGCAGGAGACAUCUCUUUACUCCCUGUUUGAGGGUAAACCUUGGUCUCCAUCUCUUCCAGCCAGCUCGGAUCACUCUACACCAGCCAGCCAGUCACCUCACUCCUCUAAUCCAAGCAGCCUGCCCAGCUCUCCUCCCACCCAUAAUCACAUUUCCCAGCCCUUUUCCAACUUUGGGCCCAUUGGAACCCCAGACAGCCGAGAUCGCCGAGCAGCUGACCGGUGGAAGAGCGACAAACCAGCAAUGGGUGGCUUUGGAUUGGACUACCUGUCUGUGGCUCCACCCACAGAGAACAGUUGGCGCCAAGUAAAUAAUUCCAGCAGUGCUAAUGCCUGGGCAGCCCAGGGUAAUACAAGAGAGGACUCAUCGGCUGCCCUGAUGGAAAGCUUGAAGUCCAUCUGGUCAACCACAAUGAUGCACCCUGGUCCAUCAGCCCUUGAGCAGCUCCUGAUGCAGCAAAAGGAAAAGCAGCAGAGAGGGCAGGGAUCCUUGAACCCUCCACAUUGAGAGAGAAGGGGAGAAGAACCCAGCGACUUAUGGCAUGACGGGUUAGCAGCACAGGACAGGAUAUGUCCUGAGCCCUGAGGAGGGCAGCCCUCUCUCCCCCCUCACCGAUCUGGGGGGGAGUGCGUGUGGGGGAGCGUCCAGCAUAUCCCACCAAAUCUGAAACCCCCUGACCCGCAGGCGACAGUUACCUGACGGACACAGCAGGAAGUUCCCAUCCAGAGGAAGUUUGGGACUUCUUGUGUUUGGGGGGAAAUGGGGUAUCGUGCCCCCAUCCUUCUCGUUAUUUGUGCAUGCCUCUCACAGCACCCCCCAAACCUCUGCCUAACACACGGAGAGCAAAUAUUCCCCAGCAGUGAAGGCAGGCGAGGGACUACAGGAAGAACCCUCCCUUCAGGAUCUGAGUUUUUACUUCCAAGUAGCGGGUGCACAAAGAACACCCUCAAAUCCAAUUUACAGCUGAAUGUCAGGAAUUCUCUCCAUCAGAGAAGGCAGAGGAUCUGGUCCCCUCUCAUCCACCAGCUUGUGCUGGCUAAGGGGAGGUGUGAUUGACUGGGUGGCUUUCAUUUUUCUUUUCCCAUCUGUGGGAAAUGGGUGAGGGGUUGAGUGUCUAUGCCACAGCUAUGGAUGCUUGCUUGUACCCAUUGAGUGUCCUUAAUCUACUUUUGGUGUCUGUCUUUCCCUGCCUGCUUAAUUGUCAUGUGUGUUUGUGUGUGUGUGCGUGUGCGCGCUCAAUGUCCCCUAAAGCUGUCUGUUGCAGGAUGGGUGCUGGGAUAGUUGGGGAGGUGCUUUUAAUGUGGGGCGCACUUAGGGGCAAGACGAGGCUGGCUGUACAGCCUCGACAUUCUUGCAGCUAGACUGCAGCUGUAGGUUUUUUUUUUUUUUUUUUUCGUUUUUUUUUUUUUUCUUCCCCCCCUCUUUCCCUUCCCUUUUUACUCUGCCUCUUGGGGAAGUUCCUUCCAUCUAGAAAGAGGUGACAGAAGUAUUGGAUCAAGUUGCAAUGCUGGGUACAAGUGCCACAGCUCAUAGCACAAAAUAUGAACAUGAACUGUUCUGUCCUCUUCACUUCUUGGCAUCAUGAAGAGCAUUGCACACUAGCAGUGGGAGAGCUAGGAUGUUUAUGACGACUGAGCAGGAUAUACAAGCAAUCAGGUAGAAACGUGAUGUGAAAGACCAAGAAUUUCCUCAAGUGUCAAUCUAGAAGGAAGUAGGAAUGGUUCUUCUACGCAGAAUUGUCACAGAGAUCCCUCUAUAAGUGUGAGUGCAUAUCUUUGUUUGCCACGGGUAACUCCUGGCACCCUCGGCACUACAUACAUGGAACAUACAUGUUGCACACUGUUUGGGGCCGGACAUCUUUGUCCACAGUUUUAUUCUCCUGGAAGAAGCCAGUUCUCUCUAACUGGUAAGAGAAAUAGUAGGUGGUAAGGUACCCUUCAGGCGAUCCUUCCUUUUAGCAGGGUCUAGCAAGUGUGGGGACUUCUAUUCACUCCCACCUUUCCCUCGUGUUCUUGUGUGAGCACCAUCUGCUCGGAUCUGCUUUACCAUUAAUAAACUCAACUUCUCUACA